AUGCCACGAAACCAUAAAAGAUCCUCAUCAAGUGGUCAUGUGAAUGCAACAACGAAAAAGACAAAAGAUAAACCUACAUACAAAAUUAUUGUAUUAGGUAGUGGUGGAGUUGGCAAAUCAGCAAUAACUAUACAAUUUGUAAAAUCAUUUUUUUUCUCUGAUUAUGAUCCAACAAUCGAAGAUUCAUAUGUAAAACAAUGUUUAAUUGAUAAUCAAAUAGCUCAAUUAGAAAUUCUUGAUUCAGCUGGACAAGAAGAAUUUAAACCUAUGCGUGAUCAAUAUGUACGUGUUGGCGAAGGUUUUUUACUUGUUUUUUCUUUAACGGAUCGUCGAUCAUUGGAAGAAUGUUACAAAUUACAUCGUGAUAUAUUACGUAUUAAAGAUACUGAUAAUGUACCAAUGUUAUUAGUUGGAAAUAAAUUAGAUAUACGUCAAAGUGGUAUGGAUGUACAUGCACGUGCUGCAGCUGCUUCUAUGCAUAUACCAUAUUUUGAAACAUCAGCUCGAACACGUCAUAAUAUUGAUGAAAAUAAUAGAAUGGAAGUACGUCGUCGUAGUCAACGAGUAGCUAAAGUUAUAACUGAAACAAUAUCAAAAAAAGUUCAAGCUAAAAAAAAUUGA